AUGGAGACACAGUCCGAGGAAGCAUACCAACAUUCUUUACCAGGACAGCCGGAAGAUAAUGAUUCACCACCACAGAAUAUCUCCCAGCAGUCACCCCCAGCAGGUGUCUCCCAACAGCCAUCAUCGGCAAGUGACUCCCAGCAGCCACCACCAGUAAGUGGCUCCCAGCAGCCACCACCAGCAAGUGACUCCCAGCAUCUACCAUCAGCAAGUGGCUCCCAGCAUCCACCACCAGCAAGUGACCUCCAGCAUCCUCCACCACAAAACGACUACCAAAAGUCCCCCCUACCACAUGAUGGCUACCAGCAGCCGCCGCCAGCAGGUGUUUAUCACCAUCAAUUAGGUGUCUACAAUUCACCACCAUAUAUUGAACAUGAAGCUCCACCUCCCGCUCACCCCCAGCAGGGUUGGAAUCCACCCCCUCCCCAACACCAAGGAUACGGAGGGGCCCCGCCAGCUUAUUGUGAGUAA